AUGGGCAAGACCCGUGACCCCCUCUCCCACUUUACCGAGCGUCCUUCGGGACCAGUGUUCAUCGGACUCAACGUGCUGCGUGCGCUGAGUAUCAUCGUUCUGCUCCUCGUCUUUGUGGCCAACGUUACCACUAUUGCCAGCGACGCAAAGGCCGUCAAGGCUCAGUCCCACACCUCGACGGUGGUUGCUAGCGCGACCCAAACCACGACCGUGGCAGCCGCCACCAGCAGCAGUGCCGAGGCCAAGAACACUACUCAGGUCGCCCGCUCUAUCACUCAGCGCAACAUCACGAUCCCUGCCUCCUCCCUUGGCCUUGUCUUUGCCUCGAACGCCAACGCCUCGCUCGACCAGGCAUACUGCGACUAUGUCAAGGACUCCACUGUCCCCUCCCAGGCUGGUGGCGAGUUCUGGUCUAUCCUGAACCGCGUCUUCAUCCUGCUCGAGGCCAUCCUCCUGAUCCUUUCCGAGGUUGGCUGGCCUAAGCGCCUCUUCUCCGAAUUCGUGCCCAUGCUCGGCCCAGACUAUGGCCUGGGCACCCUCGGCGUCCUCCAAGCCCUUAUCGCAUGCUCGGUGCUGAGCCACUCGUGCACUCUAUUCCCGCAAGUCUCGUCGUGGCUGCUCUUCAUCCUCGGCGUGUUCAACAUGCUGGCCGGCAUCUUCCUCCGCCAAAAGGCCAAGGCGACUCGCAGCCUCUUUAGCUGGGAAAACUACGCAAACCUCACGCCACAGACCAAGGCCGGCGUCGCUGUUGUCUCGACCAUGCACGAGGCAUUCAAUGGAUACAAGGAGCGCAAGGCUGGCGGCCCCAGUCCCAGUCCCAGCUCGAUGUACUCGUCCCAGCCGACCGACGUCGAGGCCGGCGCCGGAUACAGCCGCAGCCGCCCGGCUGGCAGCGACGACACCUUUGUGCCAGGCUCCAAGCUGGGUGGCGCGUUUGGGUGGGGUAAGCAGGCAGCCAACAAGGCCGGCGUCAAGAUCUCCUUCCCGCUCGAGACUGUCCCGCGCAGGUUCUAG